AUCAAUUAAUUUAACUAUUUAUAAAAUAAUCAAAAUCACUCUCUAGCUCACUUGUCAUGCCCGGUCACGGCAAGAAUCUAUACUGAAUUACAUUACACAUUGCGCAGAUUGUGCCUCGUAUGCAUUGAGGAAUGUGGGCUAUACUAUACCAUAUAUUAUAUCAAUCAGGUAUCCUCUGACUCGUGGGAAACUUUUUUAUAAACAACUAGUUUCAGUUACUGACUUCGCUUGAUAAAUUAUUUUUAUUGCAGGGUACAGGUUUACCUACAAUACGUACAUUAUGAAGAAGGUGAACAAGUUUUCACUUUUGAUUCAUCAUGCAGAAUCAAUGCUUUGCGUUUACUCAAAUAUUGUUAUGUUUUUGUUCAACUGUAAUGAUGAUGGUGAUUAUAACGUUCGACUUACUGUUCGAUUCAAAGCAGGUUGAAAUAAGGUUAAUAUUAUUUAAAAUAUCAGUAUUGAAACGUUGCACUCCUUGUUCAGUACAACUUAGGUACCUACCUAAUGUACAACUAGAUCGUGAUUACAUAAUCAUCACAACCAAUAUGCAGGUAUAUUCAUGAUAUUCCUCUUCGUAAGAUUAUCGUUUAUAUUCAAUGUACAUAAUGUAGUCAGAAAAAAAAAUGUAUGUAGAGAAUCGAACUUGUAACAUAUACCUACAUUGAACAUCAAACUCUUAACCACUGAGCCAUCGUCGUACUGUGUCAUCGGAAAUAGGUGUAAGUUUACGUCUGUGUAAUAAAUACCUAAUUAAUAUGAAUAUGCGGUGUAUCAUUUUACAAAGUGUUGCGACUAACUCGUUUGUUCGUGAGAAUAGCAACUAAGCAUUUUAGCGAUGACUACGCGUCCAAAAUGCUAAAAUUUGAAAUAUGCAAUGCAUAAUCCGUUAUUGUCUUGCAUUUAAGGUUUUAUUUUGCAUAAUUCAGUUUUGCACGGAUUUGUAUUGUUUUUCUAUAAAAUAGGAAAAAUCAUUAAACUUUACUCAUUCCUUUGAUCGAUUCCCAAUUGUCCACAAUUGUGGUAUCCUCAUCCGUGUUAUUUUCAUCUUCAGUGCUUUUCUUCAAGAAAGUUUGUUAAAAUGUUAGUAAGUAUUUACAUUUACUUUUAGUUCAUGUAUUGUGUUGGAGUUUUUUACAUAAUAAAUUUACACAACAUUUUAAAUACCAUAUACCUAACCGAUUUCUUAAUUUUCAGGUCUAACUACGAAUAUUCAUCCGGUUCGGACUCCCAACUGCCGCUGGCGCCUACGCCUGCGCCGAAAGUGUUGAAAAAGAAGCCUGCGAGCAAGAGGAAGCCGGCGGAGUCGACCCCAACGCCUACUAGUUCUAAAAAGAAGUCGCGGUCGAGCGCCAACGACGAGGCAGGCGCGACCGCAACGUAUUCAUCGAGUACUAGCCCAGGAGGACUCUUCGGGUUUGAGACGGGAGCAACUUCGGGGACGUCGAAGUCUGCAGUGCUGCAGACUUAUUUGACCAGCCGCGUCCCCAACGGUCGAGUGCGCCGGGAGCUCGUCAACCAGUCUGGCGAGUACUAUAUAGAGUUCCGGGUGUAUAACACCGAGAAAGCUGUUGCCUCUAAACCAGAUCAGCGGUGGAAAGAGGCUGAAGUUACUCUUAAAGUAAAGUUAGAUCGGGGGACUCCGCAGUGGGAGAAAAUGCAAUCGUUUAUGCAGCGGAUUCAUAAUUUAUUUGAAGAUUGUGAGCCCGUCUUCAUAAGCGAAUAGUAAUAAGUACCUACUACUCAGGUACUUAUUACAACCUUUUCUCUUACUGCUGCUGUUCAUUGAUAUAACUUCACUUUAAGAUACUUUCCACUGCAUUUUCAACCAAAUACCUAUGAAAUUAUAAUUGUAAAUCAUACAUUCAUUGUGUAUAUUGCAAUUUUAUGUCGUUAGCGUAUGAAAGGCGAGGCAUUUUCUUUGUAUAUUUAAAGUAUACUUAUCAAAAAUGGUGUUUUGUACAGUUUGUAAAGUCUCUGUAGAUCGUGUUCAUUGGGUGGGGCAUUUACGAAGCACUAACCAUAAAAAUAAAAAUAUUUCUCCUUUUAGCGACGGGAUUGAAUUAAUUGAGUCCGCAUUUCGCAACCGAAUAGCUUCAUACAGAAUAUUAUCACCAGAUUUGGAUGGUCAUAAUUCUUUAGAUCGGUUUCUUGAUGAUAUAAAAAAUAAAAUCAAAACAUUAAUUGAUUUGUCUCUCAAGGAAAAUGACUGUAUAAAACUCAAUUUUGAACAUUUUGCUGUUUUUCUUUUAGUAAAAAAUGAUUCUCAGGAAAUAAAGUCUUUUGGAACUAAAAAUUAUACUCUCUAUAAAAAUUAUGACUUUGAUAGUUUAAUGAACAAAGUGAAAAUUAGUUUGAUGAGAAAAAAAUGAGAAUUUCAAGAACGUGAUAGUGGUUGGACCUUCUUACAUAAUUCCCAUUUAGAAUUGAAUAUUAAUAAAUAUCAACCAUUAAGAGGGUCAGGUCACAUUGAUUUGCCUGCACCAAUCAAAGCCAGAAAAGCGUGUGUAAACAUAAAAAACGAAGACAGUUUUUACUUUUUGUGGUCAGUUACAGCUGCUUUAUACCCAGUUAAAUCUCAUCCUGAUAGAGUAUCGUCAUAUCCUAAUUUCAAAGACGUUUUAAAUGUAGAGGAUAUAUCGUUUCCAGUUACUUUUUCAGACAUAGCUAAAUUUGAAAUUAACAACCCUCAAAUAUGUAUUUUUGUUUACGGUUUAAAAGAUAAUAAUACAGUUAUCGGCCCUCUUUACAAAUCUGAACCAUUAAAUAAAAAAGUAAUUCAUCUACUGUACCUACAGGAAGGUAAUAUGUCACAUUACUGUUUAAUCAAGGAUUUACCGCGACUAGUUAGAAGUCAAAUUUCUAAACAUCAUGGUAAAUUGUAUUUUUGCGAACAUUGUUUGUUAUUUUUCAACUCGACCGAUCAGUUAAGUUCUCAUAGUUGUGGAGGUGUAGCUACUAAAUUACCCCCAAAAGGGUCAUUUAUAGAGUUCAAAAAUUAUAACAGAAAACAAAAUGUUCCUUUUGUUGUUUAUGCAGAUUUUGAGUCAAUGCUCGUACCCUACGAGACUUGUGAAAAUGAUCCUAUCAAGUCAAGCACAGUGACUCAUCAGCAGCACGUGCCCGUAGCUUUUGCUUAUCAUCUUGUUUGUACUGUAGAUGAACGAUAUAAUCACAUUACAUCGUACCGAGGACAAGAUUGUGUUGACAAAUUUGUUGAUUCAAUUUGCAACGAUGCAAAAAGGAUAAGCGCAGUAUUAAGUAAUAGUGUACCUAUAGUUUUUACAGAAAGUGAUGCGUUAAACUUUGAAAAUGCCGAAACUUGUCACAUAUGCGAGCGUUUAUUGGUUAUGGAUAAAGUUAGAGACCAUUGUCACAUAACUGGUAAAUACCGCGGUGCGGCUCACAGUCAAUGUAAUUUGAACUUUCAAGUGCCCAAAUUCUUACCUGUUUUCUUUCAUAAUCUUUCAGGUUAUG